UCUCUCAGUUACAGACGAAGUGAGUGACAGAUAGAUGACAAGCUCAACAACACCUUUUCGAUCAGCCCCAGUGGGUUAUGGAUUCCAUCCAACCGAUGAGGAAUUAGUGAACCAUUUCCUCAAGUUAAAAAUGAUCGGUGGCUAUGAUCACGUAGUCAGCACAAUCGCCGAGGUUAACGUGUGCAAUUAUGAACCUUGGGAACUACCUGGGCUAUCAGCAAUUCAGUCAAAUGAUCCAGAGUGUUAUUUCUUUUCUCGUCGCAAUUACAAGUACUCCAACAGUCAGAGGGCUAACAGGACUACUGGGGCUGGAUACUGGAAAGGCACCGGUAGGGAUCGUACAAUCACGGCUAAGAGCACAGGGGAGCAAAUUGCUACGAAGAAAACUUUGGUUUUCUACAACGGUCGCGUUCCUAAUGGAGUCAAGACCAAUUGGAUCAUGCAUGAGUACAAUCCAACUUUCAGCUUCCCUAACAAGGGGGACUUCAUUCUCUACAAGCUCAAGAAAAAUCCAGAUGAUUUGCCAGCAUUUGAUGAAGGUGAAUCAAGUGCUUCCAACGUGGAUGAGGAUGACUCUCAACUACGAGCACAACUGGAAUCAUUCAGUGGGAUUGACGAGGGAGAUUAUAACCUCAACUCUGCCCUACACUUUUCAAAUUAAUGGGAACGUGUAGUGAGAAAACCCCCCUCCUAGAAAGGGUUUUCUAUCAUCCAAGUGUCAAUCUUUGCUAUUGUGUUGUAGCCAACUUUAUUUACUAAGUUCCUAUGUUGGUACUUUAUCAGCAUAUUUGUCCUAGAUUUCUUAUCUAUUAAUUAGGGUUUAGCUGAGGCCUCAGGCCUCUAGUUGUAUUUAUGGUGUUUCUCCUUGUUUGU